CCUCAUCCUCAUCCUCAUCCUCAUCCUCAUCCUCAUCCUCAUCCUCAUCCUCAUCCUCACCCUCUUCUUCCUCGACUGACUCUGCCUCGUCCUCUUCUACGUCGCCUGUAUCUUCCUCGACAACAUCUUCGACAUCCAUCUCCUCUACGUCCUCCUCAUCAACAUCAGGCACUCCGCUGACAUCACCUUCGACAACGGUAUCCUCGUCACUAUCGAUCACAUCCACACCCUCAUCCUCAUCGACAGGGACCACUUCAUCUUCCUCCCCCUCUUCCUCCAGCACUACUUCCAUGAGCACCUCGCCUACAGGUUCGCUUAGCAGCACUCCAUCUUCUAACACUACUACAUCAAGUUCGCCAAUAAGUACCACAGUCACAACACCCGUGACCUCAAACACCAUCUCAGGUUCAUCAAGCACCAGCGGCUCUUCUACCAGUCUUACAACACCUAGUUCUGUUUCCACCAAUGCAUCAGGAAGUCUCUCAAGUUCGACUUCUACUUCAUCAACCCAAUCAUCAUCUCCGAGCUCCACCUCCUCGUCGACAAGUCAAGUCUCGACAACUAGUUCCUCGACGAAUAGCCAAGUCACCAAUUCCAUCAGCACCCCGAGUGAAACUGCAACAAGCUCCCUAUCUAGCUCAGUAGGAUCGCAAACACAAUCGGGUACAACCAGCACCUCAUCUUCCUCAACAUCAUCAUCAACCUCGAGUGCAUCUACAACAAGCUCUCCUGUUCUAGGAGAGCUCUUUCUUCUCACUGUCUUGCCGCCAUCUACUACGUCUACCGUAUGAAGUUCGCACGGCUCUCCAGUAGCAUUCAGGGGAAGAUAGUUGGGCGGUCUUUUUGUAGUGAAUUUUUACGGAACUGAUUGUCCGAGGCCUAGAGAUAUUUGACGUAUGUCCAUCAGGUUUGGCGCAUCAUUCGUGAUGAUCGCCAAAAGUUGGACGCUAUUGAUUGUGUGUGACUCAUUAAUGAUAUACAAAGAUAUGGCCAGGCACUAGCUUGCUCGGCAUCUUGAAGAACAAGAAGCAAUCAACUCCUCU